GUUAUCAAUUUUUUUUAUCAUUGAAAAAAAAUGUUUUUUCUUUAGUUGUACAAAAAAUGAAUGAAAAUGGAAAACGAAUCAACUGUCGAUAGGGGUCAUCAUCGUGUAAAUAAUAAUCAUCAUCAUUUUUUAAAAAAACAGUGAAAUUUGAUUUUGAAAUGAAAUCCCAGGAUGAAAAACAGCCAUUAAAUCCGGCUAUUCAUGGAGCUAUCGAUCUAUUGGCUGGAUCAGCUGGUGGUACGGCCAACGUUUUGGUUGGACAACCAUUGGAUACAAUCAAAGUUAAAAUGCAAACAUUUCCACAUCUUUAUAAGAAUACAAUGAUUUGUUUCAAACAAACAUUGUUAAAAGAAGGUGUACGAAAAGGAUUAUAUGCCGGAACAUUACCAGCAUUAUUGGCAAAUGUAGCAGAAAAUUCUGUUCUAUUCUGUGCAUAUGGUUUUUGUCAGAAAAUUGUACAAUUUGCAACGAAAAAAGAUUCCUGUAAUGCAUUAGAGAAUGCUACAGCUGGUUUUUUAGCCGCAUUUUUCUCUUCAUUCACAUUAUGUCCAACUGAAUUGAUUAAAUGUAAAUUGCAGGCAUUACGUGAAACGGGUAAAGGUUCAAUCGGUGCAUUCGAAUUGACUCGUAACAUUCUUAAAUCUGAAGGAAUUCCUGGUUUAUUUCGUGGAUUAACCUCUACAAUGGCUCGUGAAAUGCCUGGAUAUUUUUUCUUUUUCGGUGGUUAUGAAUAUACAAAAUCAGCAAUGAUUAAAUAUGGUGGACAAAGUGAAGAAUUAGGUUUAAUGAAAACAACAAUAGCCGGCGGUAUUGGCGGCAUUUGUCUUUGGACAUCAAUAUUUCCAUUCGAUGUGGUCAAAUCACGUAUACAAAUCCAAUCGAGCCAAGAAUCAAUGAAUAAAGUAUUGCUUACAAUACUACGACAAGAAGGCAUAAAAGGAUUAUAUAAUGGCCUUACACCAACAUUAUUGCGUACAUUUCCAUCAACUGGUGCAUUGUUUGUUGCAUAUGAAUAUAGUAAACUUUAUAUGACUAAAGCUUUACUUGACUGAAAGAAAUUUUUCUUUAUAAAUUCUGUAAUUAAAGUUAAUUUAGGCUUUUGUAUUGAAUAAAUCUAGGAUUUUUUUACU